UUACGGAUUUUUGGACGGUUUGUUACAGAUCAACACCUUAAUCUUACCUCGAAAGCUAUCUAACUUCAAAGUGUAGACAACUUGACAAAAUGUUUAGCCGUAUAGCAAAUACGAAGAUGGAAUAUACAUUUUAUGCUGUGUCCGUUUGUUCGUGGAUAUUGUUUGUUUUCCAUGUACCUUUCAUUUCUUGCGAGGGGAACGAAAGUACAACAACACCAACAAGGUCUGAUAUGAUUCACUAUUUGCUAAAUAGAAAUGACUAUGAUAGCAAUUUACCUCCAGGUUUAAAAGAUACGUCAGUAAAACCCACAGAUGUGCAUGUUCAAUUAUCAAUCUAUGAUUUGAAUUCCGAAAGUGAUGUUAAUAUGGAAUAUGAAUGUACUAUGUAUAUGAGAGUAAACUGGGUGGAUUCACGUCUAAGCUAUGCGGCUAAUAACACAAACUAUACAACACUUAAGCUAAGCAGCGCAGAUGUGGGAAAAAUCUGGAUUCCAGACUUAUUCUUCCAUCAUGAAAGACACUCUGAAAUUCAUGCGUUGCUCAGUGAGAAUGUACUAGUUUACAUUUACGAAAAUGGCAGUGUUCAGUACAGUGUGCGGGUGAAUACGAGAUCUCACUGUGAAAUGAACCUUAAACAAUAUCCCUUCGACACACAGGCGUGUCCAGUAAUCAUUCAAAGCUAUGCCUACACAGCUGAUUAUAUUAUUUUUUACUGGCUAGGAGAUCCGCCGGUAAUAAUUGACAACGCCGACCAUUUAUCGUUGGAGCCAGGCUCAACAAAGAGUGGGUUUUGGUUACCAUAUAAUGCUUUAGGUAGUUAUUUGUGUUUAAACACUAUAUUUAUGCGUUCGCUUUCAUUUUGCAUAGGUGUUCUUCCUGAACGUGUGGAGGAGAGGCAGUAUUUAAUCGUCUACCCGUAUCAAAAUUAUUGUUCGAAAGUCUUCUCUUACAACUACCAACACCUUUGGCCGAAACUUUCUGAAAUGUCUUACUACGAGGCAAACUUGCACAUAUUGUCUGAACAAGUUUGUGCCACUUCCGAUUUUGGACGCGUAUGUAUACAUAAAUACAAAGUGUCGUUUAUGGCAUUAAACUAA